CCGAUGGCAGACGAGGGGCACGCAUUCUACGCUUUCUCUGGCAAGAAUGUUAGUUCCUGCUCUUCCCCUGGCCGUUUCCUGUAAUCGUACAGUGUUGUGAGACGGAGAAAGCCAUGUGUGUCGAUGGAAAGCUGUUUACUUGAAAGUUGAGAAGAACUGGACCGUAACUAUUUAAUUUCCAUCUCGGAGUCUUUUUAACUGUGCCCGUCUCCCUCUGUGGAGUGGACAAGAUGGCGGACCCUAUCAUGGACCUUUUUGAGGACACACCCCUGUUUAACCUUGAUGCCCUGCAGGAUGACUCCUUCUCGCAGGGCUCCUCGGACCCCGUGGAGGAGGCCCUUAAGAUGGCGUUGGGCCAAGUGGACCCAACGACUGAGCCUGACCUUAUGGUGAAUGCAGACCUUGGUGUUUCUGUAGCAGCUCCCGCCAUCCCGGAGCCAGCCCCCGUUCAAGUCGCCAUGCAGCAGCCGGUGGCGGCCGCUCAGACUGUUUCCAUAGCUGUGGCCCCUGUCUCUGCUCCUGUACCGGUUGAUACUUUACCUCAGAUCCAGGUUCAGACCAGCAUACCCACCAGUACCACUGUGCUGCUGAGCUCACCUCUGACAGUGUCCAGCUCCCCAAUCACCACCACUGCCACCACGCAGCAGCUCACGCAGAUAACUCAUCAGCUCACCCCACAGCAGUUGGCUGCCAUCACACAGCAGGCUGGUGGCAAAAUUGUCAUACUCAAAGGUCCCCAAGGUCAAGCCCAGGUGCUGCAGACUGUAUCAGGAGCCACAGGCCAGACGACUGGAAAGGUCAUCCGCGUGUUGUCUGGCACUCCUCUUAAGCCCGGCAUGUCCAUCCUGCAGGGGGGGACAGUGUUGAAUCAGGCCAGCCCGGGACCAGCUCAAGUCAAGGUGGGUGCCGCUGGUGUGCAGAGGCUGUUGCAGUCUCCCAAUGGACCAGUGAAACAGAUGCUGCUGACCUCUUUGCCCCAGCAGACACAAGGCCAGACCAUUCAGCUCCAGAUUCCAUCCCAAGCACAGAUGGCUCAAGGCCAGACUCAAGUGCACGGCCAGGUGCAGCUCCAGCCAGCUAUGCAGGCCCAAACGCAGGGUGGUGAAGCAAAGCGGAUCACCCUGGUUCUCCAACAGCCUUCCCAGGUUGGCUCUAAUGCCCAAGCGGGGCAAGUACAGCAACAGUUGACACAAGUGCAGCAGAUUCAGACGACCCAAGGGGGCCAGCAGCAGGUCCCAACUAGACUGGUGCUGGGGCAGCUCCCGGGAGGCAAACUGGUUCUCCAGGGAAGCCAGCUAGCAGCCCUGACCCAGGCUCGGGCUGCAGGCCAGGCGGGGGGCCAGCCCAAAGUCCUCACAAUUCAGCUGCAGGUGCAGCAGCAGCCCAACCAACAAGGAGGAAUUAAGUACCAGCUGGUCUCAGGAACUGGCAAUACUGGAAGCCCACAGGUGUUACAGAUCACGCAGGGCCAAGGAGGACAGAGAGUUGCGGUUCCGAUCAAAAUGCUUCUGCAACCCCAGACGAGCUCGGCAUCCUCGGCCGGCGGCACUAUGUCUAUGGUAAAGGUCAUCACCACGUCGGCCGCGGGCCCCUCUACUACGACCACAACUUCGUCCCAGGCCAUCCGCAUCACCAAGGCCCCUGGCGAGCCGGCCUCUGUGCGACGGGUGGAGAUCCUCUGCAAGCAGGAGAAAGCAAACCGCAUUGUGGCUGAAGCUAUUGCCCGGGCCAAAGCGCGGGGCGAGAAGAACCUGCCAAGAGUCCUGAACCAGGAUGAGCUUCCAGCCACGCAGACCUCCCCAGAACUGGGGGGCACUGUGACUGUGGUGUCCACUGCAAAGAAAAAGUCUGGCGGAGGAGGAAGCAAGAAGAAAAGUCCUGUGGCUGGAGGAGCGACUCCCAAACCCUCGGGUGGGGCCGAAAAAAAGAGCAAAGUGAAGACGCCAGGGGGAACGGGUGGAGCGGGUGGAGGCACGGCGACAGCCGGCUCUGGGAACAAGAGCAAAAGCAAAACUAAGACCAACACGAUUACACUGGUGGGGGCAAAGAAAAGAAAGCGCAAUGCGUCCUCAGAUCACUCUGACGGGGAGUUGAGCCCUGCAUCACCCGCUGCUCUGGACGAUGACCUCAUUACGAAGAGGCGCUCCAAUCGCGUGGUUAAAAGGAAGAAAUACACGGAGGACCUUGAUAUCAAGAUAACGGAUGACGAGGAUGAGCAGGAAGAUGUAGACGUGACUACGACUGCGGCAGCUGUGGCCUCCAUCAGUGGUGGGACAGCGGCGCAGCUUAAACAGGAAUUGGAGCUAGACGUUGAUGGACAGCCCAGCAUGCAGUUCUUUGUGGAAAACCCAAGUGAGGAAGAUGCUGCCAUCGUAGACAAAAUUCUGUCUUUAAGGUUGACCAAGAAGGAAGUGUCACAGGGCCAGUACACCACUGUUGAGGAAUUCUUUGUAAAAUACAAAAACUAUUCUUACAUGCACUGCGAGUGGGCCAGUUUGAGUCAGCUGGAGAAGGAUAAGAGGAUCCAUCAAAAGAUCAAGCGCUUCAAGACAAAGCAAGCCCAGAUGAGGAAUCUCUUCCAAGAGGAUGAGGAAGCUUUUAACCCUGACUAUGUGGAGGCGGACAGGAUCCUGGACGUGUCCCACAGUGUGGACAAGGACAACGGCGAGCCUGUUAUCUACUACUUGGUCAAGUGGUGCUCUCUGCCAUAUGAGGACGCCACUUGGGAACUGAAGGAGGACGUGGACGAGGGAAAGGUCGAGGAAUUCAGCAAAAUCCUAAACCGGCAACCUCGCCUUAAGAGGACGCCGCGGCCGCCUGCCAGUUCGUGGAAGAAGUUGGAGGAGACCAGAGAGUACAAGAACGGCAACACACUCCGAGAGUACCAGCUUGAAGGAGUCAACUGGCUACUCUUCAACUGGUACAACAGGCAGAACUGUAUCCUGGCAGACGAGAUGGGUCUGGGGAAGACCAUCCAGUCCAUCGCUCUGCUGUCAGAGGAGUACGAUGCUGGCGUCCAGGGCCCUUUCCUGGUCAUCGCUCCACUCUCCACCAUCACCAACUGGGAGCGGGAGUUCAGCACAUGGACCGACAUGAACGCCAUCGUCUACCACGGCAGCCUGGCCAGCAGGCAGAUGAUCCAACAGUAUGAGAUGUACUUCAAAGACGACAAGGAGCACUUGAUCCCAGGUGCAUACAAGUUCGACGCCCUCAUCACAACGUUUGAGAUGGUGUUAUCGGAUUGUCCAGAGUUGAGGGAGAUCUCUUGGCGCUGUGUGAUCAUCGAUGAGGCCCACCGCCUCAAGAAUCGCAACUGCAAGCUAUUGGACAGCUUGAAGAUGCUGGAUGUGGAACACAAGGUGUUGUUGACCGGCACUCCUCUCCAGAACACAGUGGAGGAACUCUUCAGCCUGCUUCAUUUCCUGGAGCCUGCUCAGUUCCCUUCUGAGACAGAGUUCCUCAAGGACUUUGGAGACCUAAAAACAGAAGAACAGGUUCAGAAGCUACAGGCCAUCUUGAAGCCCAUGAUGCUACGAAGGCUCAAAGAGGACGUUGAGAAGAACUUGGCACCCAAACAGGAGACCAUCAUUGAGGUUGAGUUGACUGAUGUCCAGAAGAAGUACUACCGCGCCAUCCUGGAGAGGAACUUCAGUUUCCUCAGUUUGGGGGUAACCAGUAACAGCAAUGUCCCCAACCUGCUCAACACUAUGAUGGAGCUACGCAAGUGCUGCAACCACCCCUACCUUAUCAAUGGCGCGGAGGAGAAAAUUGUAACCGAGCUGCGGGGUGUUUAUGACCCGAUGGCGCCCGACUUCCAUUUGCAAGCCCUGAUUCGGUCGGCCGGCAAGCUGGUGCUACUGGACAAGCUGCUGCCUCGCCUCAAGGCUGGCGGCCACAAAGUGCUCAUCUUCUCCCAGAUGGUGCGCUGCUUGGACAUCCUGGAGGACUACCUCAUCAACAAGAGAUACCUUUAUGAGAGAAUUGAUGGAAGAGUGCGGGGAAACCUGCGACAAGCUGCCAUCGAUCGCUUCAGCAAGCCUGACUCUGACCGUUUUGUCUUCCUGCUGUGUACUCGGGCUGGUGGCCUGGGUAUUAACCUCACUGCUGCUGACACCUGUGUUAUAUUUGACUCUGACUGGAACCCUCAAAAUGACCUACAGGCUCAGGCACGGUGUCACCGUAUUGGUCAAUCUAAAGCCGUCAAGGUCUACCGUCUGAUCACCAGGAACUCUUACGAGAGGGAGAUGCUUGAUAAAGCAAGCCUGAAGCUCGGCCUGGACCGUGCUGUCCUGCAGAGCAUGAGUGGCAACAAAGAAGGCAACGCCAACGGGCAAGUACAGCAGUUCUCCAAGAAGGAGAUUGAGGACCUGCUGAGGAAAGGAGCCUACGCCGCCAUCAUGGAUGAAAAUGAUGAGGGAAGCCGCUUCUGCGAGGAGGACAUUGACCAGAUCCUCCAGCGUAGAGCCACCACCAUCACCAUCGAGAGCGAGGGCAAGGGCUCCACCUUCUCUAAGGCCAGCUUCGUGGCCUCUGAGAACCGCAAUGACAUUGCCCUCGAUGACCCUGAAUUCUGGCAGAAGUGGGCCAAGAGAGCUGACAUCGAUAUGGACACCAUGAACCGAAAGAACACCCUCGUGAUCGACACUCCCAGAGUCCGCAAGCAGACGCGCCAGUACUCAACUUUACGGGGGGAAGGUGGAGACCUGUCUGACGCGGACAGCGACGACGAGUAUCCGCCGGCAAGCUCCAGACAGUCGCGUUCCUCGCGGCGCUCCGACCGCCACAGUGGAGGGGGUUACGGCCGCACCGACUGUUUCCGGGUGGAGAAGCACCUGCUUGUCUAUGGCUGGGGUCGCUGGAGGGACAUCUUAUCGCAUGCCAGGUGUAAGCGCCGCCUGAGUGACCGCGACGUGGAGACAAUCUGCCGAGUCAUCCUGGUCUUUUGUCUGCUCCACUAUCGCGGGGAUGAGAACAUCAAGAGUUUCAUCUGGGAGCUCAUCACGCCGCCGGAGAACGGACGCGAGCCGCAAACACUACUCAACCACUCUGGCCUGUCCAUCCCCGUCCCGAGAGGUAGGAAGGGCAAGAGGGUAAAGGCCCAGAGCACGUUCGACGUCCAGAAGGUGGAGUGGAUCCGCAAGUACAACCCUGACACCCUGCUUCUGGACGAGAGCUACCGCAAACACCUCAAGCACCAGUGCAACAAGGUGCUGCUGAGGGUGCGCAUGCUCUACUACCUGAAACAGGAGGUGAUUGGCGAACAUGCAGAUGCCGUCCUGAAAGGGGCUGACAGCAGGGACGUUGAUAUCUGGAUGCCUGAGAUGGAGCAGCAGGAGGUACCAGCAAGGUGGUGGGAUACCGAAGCGGACCGUUCACUGCUUGCUGGUGUAUUUAAACAUGGUUAUGAGAUGUACACCACUAUGCGUGCGGAUCCCUGCCUCUGCUUCCUGGAGCGAGCCGGUCGACCUGAUGACAAGGCCAUUGAUGCUGAGCAGCACACUGGUGAUGCUGAGCUGGGGGAUGAUCCUGAUUAUGAUAAGUACUCAGAGGACCCAGAGUUCAAGCCUGCAUCGAGACACGCCAAAGAUCUUUUCGACGAGCCCGAUUCCAUGAACGUUGAUGAUGAGAUCUCCGUGGAAGACAAGGUGGGGCCAGCAAUCCCGGAAUCCUUUUCCAGCCAGAGCGGUGCGAGCGACUGGCCCUCGAGCUCAUCGCUUACGGCACGGUUGCGGCGACUGAUCACAGCUUACCAACGCAGCUACAGGCAAGAGCAGCUGAAGAUCGAGGCGGAGGCAAAGGGCGACCGCAGGCGCAGGAGGUGCGAGCAGGCCAGCAAGCUGAAGGAGAUCGCACGGCAGGAGCGCCAGCAGAGGUGGACGCGUAGGGAGGAGUGCGACUUCUACCGCGUGGUAUCGACUUUUGGUGUGGAAAAGAUCAAAAGGGAGCAUGGUCUUCCCGACGGAGCAGAUCUUGAUUUUGAUUGGAACCGCUUCCGGACUUUUGCUCGUCUGGAUAAAAAGACGGAUGAGAGCCUCAGUCGAUACUUCCGCUCUUUUCUCGCCAUGUGCCGGCGAGUUUGCCACCUGCGCCCAGGCCGUGGCGAAGAAUCAGCAGAGCUUUCCCAGACGGUCGCCCCCAUCACUGAGGAGCGCGCUUCCCGAACCCUUUACCGUAUUAGCCUCCUGCGUCGCCUCCGCGAGAGAGCGCUGCCCUGCCCGUCCCUGGAGGAGCGUCUGCAUCUGGCUCCCCCCAGCUCCGAGCUGCCCGCCUGGUGGGACAUUCCGGAACACGAUCGUCAGCUGAUGCUGGGCGCCGCGCUGCACGGUGUCAGCCGCACGGAGCUCUCCAUCUACUCGGACCCACAGUUCACCUUCUGCCAGGCUCGAGAAGAGUUUAUCCAGAACCAGCAGGCCCCACCACCUCCGCCCGAGGCAAUGCCCAUCAUGCCCCUCAGCCAGCUGAAGACUGUGGAGGAGGUGCCCAUUGUGAAGGAGGAGCUGGCCAAAGAGGACGUCCGGUUGCUUGACGGGGGAAUCGGUGCGGCCCUGCAUAGUACGCCUUUGAGUCACCACGACGGCAAGGAACGGGCGCCGGGCUGGAGCCUGAAGAGGAGCCGGGGGAGGAGCGGAAGGAAGGGAGAGGGAGAGGGGGGGUCGGAUUCUGACUCUGACUCUGAUUCCGGCUCAUCGUCAUCCGGGCGAUCGGGCAGCAGUGACGAGAGUGGAGAGAGCGAGGAAGAGGCAGGAAGAGCAGGCAUGAAGCUGUGUGACGUAGAUGAGGAAAAUAGCUUACUGUCUAUGACUCCAUCUCAGGAUGGCAUUCCUCCUCCUGAUCCCCUCAGAGUGGAUUGGCCUAAGGACCGUGUAUUAAUCAACCGCCUGGACAGUUUGUGUACGCUGAUGGUGACCGGUCAGUGGCCCUCAGGGCGGCGCUACGUGCCCGAGGCUCAGCUCAACCCGAGCUCGGAGCUGGUGGGUGAUGAGAUGGCCUACACAAGGGCGAUCCGCAAACCCGCCGGCACUGCUAGUGGCCCCGGGGAAGAGGGAGAAGAUGGCGAGUUCACUGUCAAGCUCCUUAAGGAGGAGGGGCUGAAGCUGACCUUCUCUAAGCAGUCGUUGAUGCCCAAUGGCUCAGGGGGAGAGAGCAGUGGCCGCAAGCGGCGCAAGGACCAAGAGCUUCUUGUGAACAGGAGCAAGAGGAAGAGGAGGAGGAGGGCCGACAAACCCGUGACAGGCAGUGAGAAGGUCAAAGUCAUUAACAUGAGGACGGGAAAGAAGGUCGGAGCUGCUUUUUGUCCGAUGUUGCAAGACCUGAGGGAAUAUCUGGAGGAGAAUCCCGAUAAUGCUGUAGCACCCGACUGGUCUGAAACAGUUCGGAAAUCUGGCUUUCUGCCUGCGACUUUCUUCCACCGACUGCUAGCAGAGCACACGGAGAUCCCGAAGAAAAACAGGCGGCGUCACCACCACCACCACCAACACCACCAUCACCACGCUCCAGAGCCCACCGCCGAAGACCCCAACAUGGACGCAGUGGAAGAGGAGACUCUGGUGUCGGACGGCGCCUACAUGAUGGAUGAGGAGGACCUGGAGACCUCCCACCACUUCCUCACCAGUCCGGACUUUGACGUGAAAAUGGAGGGCGGCGACAGCCUUUCCCAAGGUGACUAUGACAGCUCGGAUCAAGAGGCGCUAUUGAACGAUGUCGUCAUAGCACAGAAGGACUCUGACUCCUCAUCAAGCUCAGAGGAUUGACUGAGCCUCUCAUAUCGAACACAUCUGACUUAGUCCCCUCCUCAACAAUGAAUCAUGUAAUUUCUCCAAUUAUUUUUACCCCAUUAUGUAUCAAAUUAUAGAUGAAUGUUUUUUUCAACUUUUGUUUAUUUUAUAUAGGUGUUUUUUGAAAUGAUCAGGUUCACACCCUUCUUCAUCACAUUUUUGUGUUUCAUUUUUCCCCUUCUGAUCCUCCUCUCUGACAAAAUGGCAAAAAGCUGAGCUUUCUUUCUUACUUCAUGACUCGUCCCCCCUCCUCCCUCCAGAACCAACUCUUUCCCAUGACAUUCCCAUCCAUGACCAAAAGGGGACCCUUGCUGUACAGACACCCUUUUCUUAUCAGAUAACCUCAAUCCUGGUGCUCUAGCGCUACAUGAGACUGGACGUGUACUGAGCCGAGCCCGGACGCAGACCCCCGCCAUCCCCCUCUCUCAUUUGGUCAUGUCUUCUGUAUCCAGAUGAGUCCGUGAACUGAAAGCGGGCGGAGUGUGUGGACGUACUGUUAUUGUUAUCACUGUAUGGGAGGGGUGUGGGUUUGAGAGGGAAAAUGAUGUAUUAGUUACUGAAGCAGUGCCAGGAGGAUGGCUGUAUUGUCCAAUGUAGAGCUGGUCAAUUAUGUACUACGGUGCGAAGAUGACGCCAAUGAGUUGCUAUUCUUGUUUUAUGAUCUGAGUGUACCUGUGAAAUGAAUAACAGCAAUCUACAGUGAAA